AUGGGUCUGCUUGGAAAAAGCUUCACUUCCAAAUUCAAAAGCAUCACCACACUUGCUGUUUCUAGGAUUGUUAUCUUGAAGAACCAGCACAAAGCUCGAGCCUCUUAUGCUCGCUCUGAUGUUUCUCAACUCUUGAACCUCGGUUACCAUGACCGUGCUCUACUUCGUGUGGAGCAAUGGAUAAUAGAACAAAACAUGUUGGAAGUAUUUGCUAUGGUAGAAAGUUAUUGUAAUUUCAUGAGAGAAAGGGCUGAAGCUCUUGAAAAGAACAAGGAGUGCCCCGUUGAGCUCAAGGAAGCGACAUCUAGCCUUAUCUUUGCAUCCUCGAGGUGUGGAGAUUUUCCAGAACUGCACAAGAUAAGAGAGAUUUUAACAUCAAGGUUUGGAAAAGAGUUUGCAGACAAUGCUGUUGAGUUGCACAAAAAUAAUAGAGUGAAUUCUAAGAUGAUACAAAAGCUUUCACCAAGACGCCCCACCGUGGAAAUCAAAAUGAAAGCACUGAGGCAAAUUGCUUCAGAAAUUGGAGUUAAUCUGCGUUUGGAACAGGAUCAUAACCAUAAGAUUAAUGUUGACCGAAGCCAAGAUGAACGUGAAACCAGAAAAAAUUGUGUUGAUGAUCAUAACCAUAUAGAUAAUAUCCAAAAUAAUCCAGAAAAAAAAAUUCAGCGUGAGCAUUUAUCUGAUAGGAAUGGAGAAAGGAAGAGACACACUGGUACAGCUUCAGCUGGUGAAAAAGCCUCAGAAUCAGAAUCUUAUGGGAUUGAAGUUAGUAAACGCUCAAAUCAUAGUGUUUCUCUCAGCAAGAUGCAUGUGCAACCGAUGGUGAGCUCUACUUCUCAACAAGACUAUGAGGUCAUAUCAAAAAGCAACCAUGCUAUUGAACUAAAAGCAUUGGAAAGGAGGGAAAUUAAAACACAAAUUGGAUGGGAAGACUUUCAUUUAAGUCUGAAUCCAAGAGAUAAUAUAACAACAACAUCAAGGAAUGCAGAGUUAAUUUCCAAGGAACAUGUGGAGGAAGAAAAUAGAGAGUGCCGCCUGGUUGACGAGUUAGGCUCAGCCAAGAGGGAUAACAGUGAUCACAACAGUAAGUCUGGUGCAGCUACAGAAAAUGAGCACUUUAAUGAAGAAAGAGUUCAGCCUUCUUCCCACGCUAUAAAAUGGAAUUCACAGAGUGCUCAAUCUGAUACUCUGAAUCCUAUGGCAAUAAGGCAUGUGAUGGAAACUAGGGAUCCAACAAAUUUUCAGAAACAGAUACACACACAUCAUGAACAUGUGGACAGGAAGUUGAUGUCAGUGAGGACUAAAUGA